GGCACUGUCGGGGCGCCGCCGCACGGGCAGAGCCGCCGCCCGGGCACCGCAGCACCCGCCUGCCCCCGCCAUGUCGGACUUCGACAGCAACCCCUUUGCCGACCCGGACCUCAACAACCCCUUCAAGGAUCCUUCUGUUACACAAGUGACAAGAAAUGUUCCUCCAGGGCUUGAUGAGUACAAUCCGUUCUCUGAUUCAAGAACACCUCCUCCAGGAAAUGUGAAAAUGCCUAAUGUACCCAGUACCCAGCCAGCAAUAAUGAAACCAACAGAAGAGCCAUCUUCCUACACACAAAUAGCAAAGGAGCAUGCCUUGGCCCAGGCAGAACUGCUAAAGCGUCAAGAAGAACUGGAAAGAAAAGCAGCUGAACUAGAUCGCAGAGAAAGGGAAAUGCAGAGUCUCAAUCAGCAAGGGGGUAGAAAAAAUAACUGGCCACCUCUUCCUGAGAAUUUUCCUGUAGGUCCUUGUUUUUACCAGGAUUUUUCAGUAGACAUUCCUGUAGAAUUCCAGAAGACAGUUAAGAUUAUGUACUAUUUGUGGAUGUUCCAUACAGUGACACUGUUUCUUAAUAUCUUUGGAUGUCUGGCCUGGUUUUACGUUGAUUCUACACGAGGGGUUGAUUUUGGAUUGAGUAUUCUCUGGUUCUUGCUUUUUACCCCUUGUUCUUUUGUCUGCUGGUACAGACCACUUUAUGGAGCUUUCAGGAGUGACAGUUCAUUCAGGUUCUUUGUGUUCUUCUUUGUAUAUAUCUGCCAGUUUGCUGUACAUGUACUUCAAGCUGCAGGAUUUCAAAGAUGGGGAAACUGUGGGUGGAUUUCAUCUCUUACUGGACUUAAUAAGAGUAUUCCUGUUGGCAUUAUGAUGAUAAUCAUAGCUGCGCUUUUCACAGCAUCUGCUGUUAUCUCACUAGUUAUGUUUAAAAAGGUGCACGGGCUGUACCGGACGACUGGUGCGAGCUUUGAGAAAGCACAGCAGGAGUUUGCCACGGGGGUGAUGUCCAACAAAACUGUACAAACGGCUGCAGCCAACGCCGCCUCAACAGCGGCCACCAGUGCAGCUCAGAACGCCUUCAAGGGUAACCGGAUGUAGAGAAGCAAAGUCACUGCAGUUCUGUUCAGCUGUUCUUUAUUUUCCAGUCACUUACUGUAUUCCCUAAUUGCCUAGGUCAAAAUUCACACAGCAUGUUUGUCUCUUCUGCAACUGUGCAUGGGUUAAACCCAAAAUGUUUGGUUUAUUUUAUUAUAAAUUUAUUUAUUUUAAGAAGAAAACCAUUUUUUCCCCUUCUUUAACAUGUUGAAUUCUGUAAUGUAAAGCUUUCCGUAUGUUAUGGAGGAUAAAUAAUUUCAACAAUUGGCCUGAGAAUGAACUACAGUACAUAAUGAUCAAAUCAAUGUAAUGAGAAACUGGAAGUUUUUUUAGCAAUUAAUUCCAGUAUUUUUCUUAGGUUCAGGAAAGCACUUUGGAUUAAUUAUUUUUCUUUGCAAGAACUCAUUUCCCUGUUUCUACCAUAAGAAGUGGGGUAUACUGAGAGGUAUUGUUAGGUUUGACUACUGCUUUUGCAAUUUCAGCAGCUGCUGGGAGUCAAAUACAAUAAGGCAGAGAGUAUAAAUUCUUCCCUUGUUUGGUUUUGUGGUUUUUUGUUUUUUUUUUAGUUAAGUCUUUUGAUAUAAACCUGUAAGUUUGCAUGAAUACUGUUUAGUUACCUGAUCUUGUUUAAGUAGUGUUUUGGUCCAGAAUUUACCUGCACCACUGUAUAACAUUUGUUUGUGUCUAUUUCCAUGGAGUAUUCUCUGCCUGUGAGAAAUUACUAUGGGGCAUAAACAUUUUCUGUAAUAGAAUAGUUCAGUUUAAGGAAGUUAACUGGUGAUUUCAAUCACAGAGCUGAAUGAUUAUAUAUUUGCUAUUUUUAACUUCAGUAUUCACAUAUCCCCUGUCCCUCUUCUAUGUUCAGUGGUAUUUUUGUUUUAUUUGGGAUUUUCUUGGUUAGUUUUUUGUUUGGAUUUCUUUUCAAGUAUAGAUUUAUGUGUAACAAUGGUAUAAAUCUCUGGCCCGGACAACCACUCGGUUUGCUGCCUGUCCAAAAUACUAUAUACAGUAUUUAGUUUUCUAACAGGAAUGUUGUCUAAAACCAGGCUCUUUAAGCAAUGGCAUUUAGCAGAUAUUUGAAUGAAUUUUAAUAUUAACUCAGCCAUCUCUGUGAUGUGAUUUAAGCUAUAGGAAAAAAACUUUUAAACUAUUUUGAUUCAGCAAAGGGAGAAAUGUUUAUUUUUAAUAAAGUUAAAUUUUAACUCAUUGAAUUGGAGGCCUAAGAGGUUGGAUUGGUGCUGGGAAACUAACAAUCCAUAAUGGUACAUACCAUCACAAUAUUAUAGAAUAUAAUAUCGUCAGGACUUAGUAUGAGUUUCCCUCCUUUGAAGAUCUUGGAUUGCCUCAUGAGACUUAGGCAGUUUUUCAGACUCUUCCAGAAAAUAGAAAGAUGUUGUCCCACAACCUGUGUUAAGUAUACACCAUGGCUGAAAUUAAUUCAGUUUUUAAGUUAAAUCAUCUUUAAUAACACAGCAUAAAGUUCUGAAGCCCUUCCAUGUUCUUAAAGUGGACUGAAUUGCAUAGAGUCUGUUUCACUACACUGUAUUAAUAAUAACAGAAGCUUAUUUUAAAAAAUACUUCCCUAGCUUCGUCCUUGAAUCCAUAAUAUACUGUUAGCAUGAAUUCUCCUAUUAGUCUCCUUUUGUUUACAAAUUUUUUUAAACCAGCCUUGAAUCUGAAUAAACGUCAUAGUUUCCCCUAUGCUGAAGUUCCCAUUAAUGAAUAUACUUGCUUAAAUAUUCUAUCUAACAAGGCUGUUAAAAUGUCAUAACAGUGGACAUGAUAACAUUGGACUUAAAUUUGCGUGGCAUGUUUUUAAAGCUUUCCAGAUGAAAGUCACUGUCCUCAGCUGAGAUUGGGGACCAUCAUUCUAGAAGCUGUAUAUCAAGAUUCUUCUUUUCAUAUUUUAAAUUUAACUUGAGGGUUGUAUCUAGGAACUCUGCUAUGGAUUACUUUUAAAUCUAAAUUUAGGGAUUUCUUUUGGUAUCUCUUGGAUGGGAAUCUUAGGGACUUCAUCCUUACAACUGUAGUUGAACAUUGCAGUGUAAUGUUCUGUGUAUAAGAAUUGUUGAUUUGUAAUAUCAUGGGUUGAAUGUACAGCUUUAAGCCUUCUGAGUGAAAUUCAGGGUUGCGUCUCGUGAAUUCUUGAAACGAGAAAUCUGUGACACUUUGCAGCCCAAAAGGGAGGGAAGAGUUUGUUCAGCUUUGACAACAGAAGGCUGAGAUUUGUUAAAAUAUUUUGUACCUAACAAAAAUUAGAUUUUACAAUCUCUUAUUAAUCAGAGUAUGACACCCACUUGAGUUGUCUUUUUGUAGUAUUGUGACAAACAGAGUACAAGGUAUGAGGUUUAAACACUGGAAUGUCAGUAGUCAUUGAUCUGUAAUUUAGGAGUUGUUUUUAUUUAUCUGAGGAUGUUUGUAUAUUUUGUAAAUUACUAACAAUGUUCUGCCAUCCUGGUGAAUGUCAUGGUUCUGUACAAAUACACUUCUUCUGUCCCUCUGUUGCAUGUCUGGGUAGUUCAGAAGUUUUGUAUAUUUAUUGUAUUAACACAGUGUCAUAGAAUAAAAAAAACCUUUUUUCCUAGGUGUUCGCUCUGUAUAGUUUUGACCAAUAAUGGGGAUUUUUCUUCUAACAGUCAGGGUGAUGUGCAGGGAGGAUGAUCUAUGUGAAAGUCUGACUUGCUUUUUAUAAUUCUGUAUAUAGAUGCUGUAUUUCUGCUGAAAUGGUGAAGCAAAAUGUCUACUAUCAAUAAAUCCGGUUAAAGAUAAUUAGUCUACUCAACUGUUAUGAAGAAAGUUCUUAAAAUACCUGCAGCUUACCUUCUUGUGCUGUAAACUCACGAAGGUUAAAAUUAAACAUGCUCUGUCAUGACUGAAUGGAAUUCUAGAGGUAUGAAGUGAUUCUUAAAACAUUAUUGAAAGUAAAAUGAAGUUGCUGAAAAAA